UAUGAUGAAAUGUGCAUAAAACUACAAGUAGUAGCUCGCAGUAAGAAGGAGGUUGAGAGAGAGAAGAGGGGUUAUUCAUAUAGUAGACCCCCAACCUACCCUCGACCCACCGGAGGCAUUAUGAAGAAAAACCAUCAGGGUUCGAGUAGCUCAUGGAACCAAGGAAGGCAGAAGGGUCCAUUUCAAAUGGGCCAAGGACAGAGGAGCUAUCAUAGUAGUUAUUACGGGUCACAGAGGAGCCCAACAGUAUCUACCCCUGCCCCGAGUACAGCGAGCUCUCAACAGUGCACUAAAUGCGGGCGUCGUCAUUUCGGACAGUGCUGGAUCUGUUACAUUUGUGGGAAACCCGGUCACAUUGCAAAGUUUUGUGGGGACAACCAGGGCUCAAAUAUGAAGAACCCUUCCCAACAUCCUACUGUCUCUGGUCGUGUGUUUGCUCUUACUCAGGACACCAUGAACUCCCCAGAUGCCAUUAGAGAUUAUAUUGACAAAGAUAGUGGUGAAAAAGGAGUUGUGAAGGGGAACUUGUUAUUCAAGACACAAGGAGCGAAUCCGGCCGAGAAAGCACCAGAGGUGUAAUUAUGGUGUAUGAGACACCAUCUUUUACGUUGCCUCUUAUUUUGAAUUAUACAAUGUAUCUUGUACCAACUUAGGACAUAUCUUGUCUAUGGAGCAUGUAAACUCUAAUCCUUUUUAUUAAAUGCAUUUAUAUGUCCAAGAGGAUUAUGUCUGUCCCUUUUGAUUCAUGACCUAAUUUAAAUAACAUGCUAUGAGGAUCAUGUCUGUCCCUCAUGGUUCUAAUUGCUUUUUGAG